AUGAUGCUUAGCUGGUCUUUUCGAACGAAGAUCUUCGAGAACUCAUAUUGGACCGGGAAUAAAAAAGGGACAAAAGUAAAGUAUAAGCGCAUAUGGCACGAAAAGGAAAUCCAAUUUCGGGUGGCCGGCUUCCUCGGAGUGAAGGCCGUUUCAGUACUGUUUUUAAAAAUGGGCUGCCCCGCAGCUCUGGCCUUCGUGAUUGGCUGUGCUUGCCGAGCACUCGUCACUCCGGAGGCAAACGCCUCCCUCGGGCAUUGGGUGCUUCCCGGGCCUUCUCACCAGCCUCACGUGGCAGAAGAGGUUCCCCACCAAGAGGGCCUGCGGGACCAUCCUGUAGCAACCCGAAGCGCUCCGCCAGUGGAUCUGGAGGUUAAGCAGCCGCUUAUGGGCGACCAACAGCGGCACGAAGAGCUGGCAAAUCGACUCAAUCACCACUUCCUUGGCAAAAGUGAACAAAUAGGUAGCCUAGCCUAUGACGAUUUGUUGGAUAAACAGAUCCUCAUAGAGGAAAAGCUCGAAAUAGCGCUACUUAACGAGGGUUUUAGUAGAGACCGGAUUUUAGCGAAUCGCUAUGAAAUUAGAGAACUUAUAUUUUAUAAAGAGGGAGUUCCACUCAAGGAAGAAACGCUGGGGAUGCACUUAGCCCAGAUCCAAAGCGAUCCUUUCUCAAACAUCCCAUAUCGUAAAAUCCAGCGAUCUAUAAGGAAUUUGGAUCUGUUUUUUUCUAAGUAG